UUUUUCUUUCUAUAUUUUUCAUGACAUUGACUUUUGGAAACCAUCAUAAACUUUAUUAAUACUUGGUAUUUUGUGACUAUACUUAUACAGUAACUGGUGGGCGAGAGGUCCUGUAGCCUCUCCAGUGGAUGCUUUUAGAGUAGACUAAGGCCGCCUGUCAAUCCUCUUAUUUGUGCCUCUCUGAAAAUGGAUUAGACGGUAACACCUAUACGUUGUGCCCCGGGUCACUUUGGAGGGAUUUGAUUGAAUGGGCCUGUAGCUGACACUGGCCUCCUAUAUUCAUAAUACAUCAAUCAAACACUCUUCCAAUUUUCAUUUUUGAAGAAGGGUUGCUCACAUUUUUGUAUUUUUAAAAAACUAUUUAUUUGGACUACAUUGAGGCCAGGCGUAAUUUUCCUCGAUCCUUUCUCCGGACAUGCAUCCCGUGAACACAAGUGUGUUUGUGGAAACGCACGGGAGCCUUCAGAGGCGCUGACUGCGGGACGUAAGUAGCUCUCCAGGGUGCUGAAGUCCUCUCCAAAAACACGACCGACGCAGCAGCAGCGCACGAGCUCUCUCUCUCUCUCUCCAGCCUUGUCACUUUCAGCCCGGUAAUCCAAACACGAUGACUUGGCUGCGUCUGCGCCGGGGCGACACCGCUGAUCCUCGGGGGUGAAGAGCGACGGUUCUCGGGACAUGGUGCAGGCGACGGUUCAUGUUGGGAUACAGAAAAAAAAGUGGAUCCGAGAGGACUCGUGUGAGAUUGUCUCAUCGGACCCCGAAGCUGUCCUGACAUGGCACCGAAUAAACGGUGCCAGGGGUCUGAUUGAUAGUUCAAUAGGGAACACAACUAUCCGCCGCCUUGGACGCCCUGGGAGGACAAUGCAACAUAUUCAUCCGCAUUUCAGAGGGGCGCUAUGGGAGUCACACCAUCCAUGUUUGCCCAUAAUUAGAAGCAGACCAAAUCCAACGACACUGCCCUUUUACAACUCCCUGCUAUGGGUCCUCGUCGGAGUGUUCACGUUCCCUUGCUGUGUCCGCUGUUUAAUAUUCAAAGUGGGGGUCCUGGGGCCUUGGAACUGCGACCCCGUGUACUACAGGGCUCUGCCCGCCGCGGCCGCCAGGCUCGCCGUAAACAGGAUCAACGGAGACCCCGAUCUGGAUCUGGGCCUGACGAUGGACUUCAUCAUCCUGCAGGAGCCUUGCGAAACCUCCAAGGCGCUCACGGCGUUCAUUUACUACGAGAAGAUGGCGGAUGCGUUCGUGGGCCCCAACAACCCGGGAUACUGCGUUGCGGCCUCGCUGCUGGCCAAGAACUGGGAGAAGGCCAUCUUCUCCCACGGCUGCGUCAACUACGAGCUGGACCGGGUCAUCGGGUACCCGACUUUCGCCAGGACCGUGCCUAUUCCCACCGAGGUGUUGUUCACCGUCUUGAGACACUUCCGGUGGGCCAGCGUCGCGGUGGUCUCGUCCAAUGAGGACAUCUGGAGGGACACUGCCGGGAGAGUGGCCCUCGCGCUCAGGGACAGGGGGCUUCCGGUCGGCCUGGUGACGGCUGUCGGUCUGGAUGAGACGGAAGUGGAGCGCACGCUGCAGAGGAUCCAGGCUGCGGGAGAGGUCCGGGUCAUCAUCAUGUGCAUGCACUCCAUCCUGUUUGGAGGGGAGCAGCAGGGCACUUUUCUUCUCAAAGCACAGAAAAUGGGUCUGACAUCUGGGCAGUAUGUGUUUGUUCCCUACGACACCCUCCUCUACAGCGUGCCCUACACCAACGUCUCCUACUUCCCGCUGCAAAACAGCAGCAGGCUGCGGGAGGCCUAUGACGCCGUGCUCACCGUCACCAUGGCCUCUGAGCCUCUGUCCUUCAACGAGGCGUUCGCGUCGGCCCAGAGGAGUGAGGAAAUAACGGUCGCGGUGGAGCCAGAGCAGGUUAACCCACUCUUUGGGACCAUCUAUAACAGCAUCUACCUGCUGGCCAACUCCAUCCACAAUACCAGGAGAGGAGGCAUGCGGCUGUCCGGCUCUAACCUGGCGUACUUCACAAAGAACAUCACGUUCACCGGCUUCAACCAGAAGGUCAAGGUGGACACCGGCGGGGACGUUAAGACCAGCUACGUCAUCCUGGACUCGGACAACAGCGGGAGCAAACUGUACCAGACCUACCUGGUGGACCUAAUGUCCGGGAAGCUUAGUUUUGCCGGGAGGUCAAUUCAAUUUCCUGGAGGAUAUCCUCCGCCGUCCGACUCCAGUUGCUGGUUUGACAAGGAUGCCGUGUGCACGGGAGGUGUGGAGGUUACCUACAUCAUAGUGGUGUUCGCCGUCAUCUUCACUCUGGCGAUAGUCGGGCUCGUUAUAAGUCUUUAUAUCAGGAGGAGACUCCAACAAAUCCAGCUGGUCAAAGGUCCUAAUCGGAUCCUCCUGACCUUAGAGGAUCUCACUUUUAUCAAUCCUCAGCUUAGCAAAAAGAAAAUCACUUUAGAGGAUCUGAACGGGUCGAAGAGCACUCUGGGGGAGAAGUCUGCAGAGCGCUCGCGCUCCGUGAACAGCAUGCAGACCACAACUCAAGAGACCACCAAUGUAGCUGUGUACGAGGGCGACUGGGUGUGGCUGAAGAAAUUUGAAGAGGGGCAGUUCAAAGAAGUGAAGCAAAGCACCACCAAAAUGUUCACAAAGAUGAGAGACCUGAGAAACGAGAACGUGAAUCCGUUCCUCGGCUUCUUCGUGGACUGCUCCAUGUUUGCAGUGGUGACGGAGCACUGCUCACGGGGCAGCCUGCAGGACCUGCUGAGGAACGAGGACGUCAAAUUGGACUGGAUGUUCAAGUCCUCGCUUUUGCUCGACCUCAUCAAGGGUGUAAAAUACCUUCACCACAGAGACUUCGCCCACGGCAGACUAAAAUCUCGUAACUGUGUGGUCGACGGGCGUUUUGUCCUCAAGAUUACCGACUAUGGCUUCAACGAGCUGCUGGAGUCUCAGAAAGCUGCUAUCAAAGAACCUCCAGCUGAAGAAUUAUUUUGGACAGCUCCAGAGUUCUUAAGAGACCUAGCGAACUCACGCAAAGGCACCUCCAAGGGAGACGUGUACAGCUUUGCUAUCAUCCUUCAAGAGGUGGUGGUCAGAGGGUCGCCAUAUUGCAUGCUGGGUCUACUGCCCGAGGAAAUCAUCCGGAAGGUGAAGAAGCCUCCUCCGAUGUGCCGCCCCACCGUGGCUCCGGAUCAGGCUCCGAUGGAGUGUAUCCAGCUGAUGAAGCAGUGCUGGAGCGAAAUGCCUGAGCGCAGACCGACGUUUGAUGAGAUCUUUGACAGGUUCAAGCUAAUCAACAAGGGUAAGAAGACGAACAUCAUUGACUCCAUGCUGAGGAUGCUGGAGCAGUACAGCUCCAACCUGGAGGACCUCAUAAGAGAGAGAACAGAGGAGCUGGAGGUGGAAAAACAGAGGACAGAAAAACUGCUGUCAGAGAUGCUACCGCCUUCUGUGGCCGAGGCCCUGAAAACCGGUGCCACCGUGGAGCCAGAGUACUUCGACCAGGUGACGAUCUACUUCAGCGACAUCGUAGGUUUCACGACCAUCUCCUCGCUCAGCGAUCCCAUCGAGGUGGUCGACCUCCUCAACGACCUCUACACUCUGUUUGACGCCGUGCUCAGCAACCACGACGUCUACAAGGUGGAGACCAUUGGCGAUGCAUACAUGGUGGCAUCGGGUCUGCCAAAGAAAAACGGCAACAAGCACGCUGCCGAGAUUGCCAACAUGUCUCUGAACAUCCUCAGCUCAGUAGGAACCUUCCAUAUGCGGCACAUGCCAGACGUUCCCGUCAGGAUACGCAUAGGAAUCCAUUCAGGGCCCUGCGUCGCCGGGGUGGUCGGUCUGACGAUGCCCCGGUACUGCCUUUUCGGCGACACCGUCAACACUGCCUCUCGUAUGGAAUCCACAGGGCUGCCUUAUAGGAUCCAUGUAAAUAUGAGCACUGUGAAGAUCCUCCAUUCUCUCAAUGAGGGCUACAAAAUAGAUGUCAGAGGCAAGACAGAGCUGAAGGGUAAAGGUAUUGAAGAGACAUACUGGCUUGUAGGGAAAACAAACUUUGCAAAGCCUUUGCCAAAGCCGCCGGAGAUCAAACCAGGUGACAACUGGCAGGAGAUGGUAACAGAGGAGAUCAAGACCCUUUUUCGCAAGGCCAACCGGCAGGUGGACAAAAAGAUCUGAACGGGAGGACGAGAAGACGAGAUGCGAAAGAAGCAACACCGGAGGAGAGGAAGAGGGGAGGACGCGUCCAGAGGAAGAGGCAAACAAAGAGCUGGGUGCAGGCAUGGGACAGAGAGCACCGCCCAUACUCUCUGCGGCUUAAUGUAGACUUGUUUAAGAGGAUUGUCCAUCGACGGGCUAAUCUGCCUGCGGCCAGCGCAGCAGAACGCGGCGGUGCAAAUGUGAUGAGAGUUGUCGCAUUACCUGCCCACGUAGCCGCUGGCAGCAGCGCGGGGAAGGUGCACCGCUCCUCGACGAAGGGAUGCACUCAUUCCACUCCUGUGCGCACUCACCGGCCACUGAGUGGUCACCUAUUUCAGGGCAACCAGAGGUUCACCCACCGGAAGAUCGAACGCCCUCAAAAACGCCUAUUUCAAAAUGAAAUGUUACACUUUCUGGAAAAAAAAUUUGUUUUUAGUUUGCUCAUGAUUGAGUCGUGGAGGCCGAGGAUUUUACUUAGUUAUGGCUGAAUAUUAAUUGUUAUUAAUCCCCUUCGAAGUCGGGGGGGGGGGGGGGGGGCAAAGGCUGCUAUUAUAUAAAAUAACAAAAGAAAGAAAUAUUAUAAUAAUUAAAUCAUAUUCAUUAAUAUUAGUGUUUUUGUUUUGUUUUUUGGUGCUGUCACCUUUUUAUUUACACUAAUGAAAGGGGUCAUGACAAUGCAACAAAAGUAAUCAAGAUUAUGAUAUAUUCUUCUUUCUGUUAUAGUCAAUACAGUUUUACGGGCCUUUAGGGAAACGCGCUGCUGUUUCCAAGGUGCUCAGUGAUGCACAUGAUUUGUUAGGCAAUCUUUUCAACAUUUAAAGAAUUCUUUUCCACUAUAACAAGUUUAUAAACUCUUUAGCGCGUCAAUGUGAGAGCACGAGCUCGAUGCUGAUGCUCACGCAGAUAUUUGAUGUAUUACAUCAACCAAAAUGCACUCUAAAUGAAAUAUCCCUCUGUAAUAUCAGAUUAACUUUUGUACACAAAUCCAAAAAGUUGGAAAUGCAUAAUGUGUUUGAGAGCUGAGCGCCUGCUAAAAAGAAUAAGUUAGUUUUCAAAUUAAGAUAAGCAUCUGAGUAAAAAUACUCACAAACCCAAAAUGUGUCAGUUAUUUAACCAACCUUUUUUUCUUUUCUUUCUAUAACAUUUGAACAUAUUCCCCUUCAUCUCAUCAUCUGAAUGUUGACUAUAGGAGCGACUUAAUUCAUGCUUGGUGUGCAGAACAACAGCAGCGAGUCAGAAACAUGUAUAUUGUGGAAUUGAUAUGUUGGUAUUUGUCUUGUACUGUAUUACUGCACUGCAAAGUAUAAAGUGUAUGUAAAAAAUACGUCAAUAAGUAAUACAACAUUAAUUUGUAACCUCUUCA